GAAAAGGUGGUGCAUACGUACACCCUGACAGCUGGAUCAGCCAACUUGCAACUCAGUAUAGCGUCAGUCCGAGAUUUUAUCUCACCUUCGAGUUGGACCCCACCUAUCCCUCUCAAUCGUGGUCAAUAUCUUCUAUUCCUGAUUCUGAGGACAGGGUCUGUGGAAAGGCCUAUCUGCAACCCCGUCUCUAUCAGACUUCAGAUGGAUCCGCACAAUGUCCACUUUGCAGUUUUCAUGUUCCCUACGAAGUCGAGUUUGCCCGAAGGAUGCCUCUACUCCUUACGUGUUUGGCUCCACGCGAAUGAUGUUGAUCAUCGACUUUUCUCGGAGGACAGUCUCUGGGUCGGGAGAGAUCCGGACUUCUAUUCCAUCAAAGAUGCCAUGUUCGCACGGCUUCGCAACACUACUCCAGACUCACAGAUGUAUAGGAUCGUCCUUGGGCGAGAACUUAUUGAUCUAAUAAUCAGGUGGCAGCCAGUCGCGUGCAAGGUUUAUUCUUUGAGUCUCGAGUAUGAUGCCAACGGUGUCGGCCGUGUGCUAUUCAACGAUUGCAUCGUCCGUCUUGAUUGUUCACCAACAGAAGUGCAAUUCACUAUCUACAUGAUGCCUAUAAGUUCUAACCCACCAGGAGCUUCCCAUCGAAUCAGGGUCUGGCUGCGUUCACCAGUUCCUCCGGCAUAUCCAUCGGGCCCCGCUUCCUCCAGCGCAUCUAACAAUGCCAUAUGUCAGCGUAUCUGGGCCACAGACAAUUUCAAGAUUGGCCACAUGCUUGAUUUCUCGAAGCUAGGUUCGAAGCUGAUUAUGGGCAUUCCCAGCCCGGGAGGACCUCAAAUCAAAACGAGCGUUAGCGAGAAAUCGCUAUACAGAAAGGACACCUUGAAAUAUCAAGAAGAGCAGGGAUAUCAGGAUUCUACUCGAGAGAAAAAAAUAGACCGUGUAGACACUGUCUAG